GAAACCACGAUUAUUUGCCAUAGCAUUUGGCUGAAAGUAUUUCUGUGUACUGAAAGCUGAUUGGGGUGUCUAGGGUAGCAAUGAGCUCGUCCAAUAGGGUCCCGCCCCUUUUGUGAUACUAGUAGGUCAUCGACCUUACGAAAAUGUGCCAACUCUGACGACGGCAGGUUCAGGGUUCUCUUCCUGGUAGUUGUACCCUCCAAACAUGGCCGCUCCACGAGUGCCUGCCCCCGAUCCCAACCCGGAAAUCAAGUACACUCAGAUUUUCAUCAAUAACGAGUUUGUGAACUCUGUGAGCGGGAAGACGUUUCCUACCAUCAACCCGGCCACGGGGGAGAAGAUCUGUGAUGUUCAGGAGGCGGAGAAGGCAGACGUUGACAAGGCUGUGGCGGCCGCGCGGGCAGCGUUUCAACUGGGGUCUCCCUGGCGGAACAUGGAUGCAUCGCAGCGUGGGAGGCUCCUCUUGAAGCUGGCGGGGUUGAUACAGAGGGAUGCUGCGUACCUAGCCAGCCUAGAGACACUUGACAACGGCAAACCGUACGUCCACUCGUACUUUGCAGACGUGAUGUCCCCCAUCCAGAACCUGACGUACUUUGCCGGCUGGUGUGACAAGAUCACCGGCAAGACCAUCCCUGUUGACGGCCCGUAUUUUACCUACACCCGCAUGGAGCCUAUCGGAGUCUGUGGAGGAAUCAUUCCUUGGAACUUCCCCAUCAACAUGUUCAUAUGGAAGGUGGCACCCGCCCUGGCUGCCGGCAACACCGUGGUGAUCAAGCCAGCCGAACAGACGCCUCUCACCGCUCUAUACCUGGCGUCACUCAUAAAGGAGGCGGGUUUCCCCCCGGGUGUAGUGAACGUGCUGCCCGGGUACGGUCCCACCUGCGGCGCGCACAUCGUGGAGCACAUGGACGUGGACAAGAUCGCCUUCACGGGGUCUACAGAGGUCGGUAAAAUCAUCCAGGUAGCGGCUGGUAAGAGCAACGUGAAGCGGGUUUCCCUGGAGCUGGGCGGCAAGAGUCCGCUCAUUGUCUUCGCUGAUGCCGACCUGGACACAGCAGUUGAGGAGGCCCACCGCUCGGCGUUCUUUAACCAGGGCCAGGUGUGCUGCGCCGGGACCCGCACGUUUGUGCAGGAGGGCGUCUAUGACGACUUCGUCAAACGGAGCGUCGAGCGAGCCAUGCAGAGAACCGUCGGCGACCCGUUUGACAUGAGAAAUGAACACGGACCGCAGGUUGAUAAAGACAUGUUUGACAAGGUCAUUCGACUUAUCGAGAGUGGAAAGAACCAAGGUGCCAAUCUGCAGUGUGGUGGCAGUCGUCAUGGCGACAAGGGUUUCUUCAUCCAGCCCACCGUGUUCUCGGACGUCCAGGACGACAUGACCAUCGCCAAGGAGGAGAUAUUUGGGCCCGUUAUGAGCAUCUUCAAGUUCAAGGACAUGAGCGAGGUGAUUGACCGAGCGAACAACACCACCUACGGGCUGUCGGCUUUCGUCUUCACCAAGGACAUUGACAAGGCGCUUACCAUCGCCAACUCCGUACAGGCUGGGACGGUCAGUGUGAACUGUUACAAACCGACAAUAACUCAGGCGCCGUUCGGAGGCUUCAAACAGUCCGGACACGGCCGAGAGCUGGGCGAGUAUGGGGUUCUCGAGUACUGUGAAGUGAAAACGGUAACCGUCAAGUUGUCCCACAAGAUGUGAACAUAUGGCAGGCUCUGCAGAUCGGACCACCCCCAUACACAUCCUUGCUUCACCCCGUGUGUCGUCCAUAAUCACACAGUGUAAACUACAUAAUAAUCAACAUUUGGGCCUGCGUUAUGGGACUCCCGUCUGGAAUACAACAUUACGACUUCUCAGUAGAAAACUUCUCACUUCUCAUUGCUUAAAGAAUAAAUCAAUAGAGCUCACAUUGUCACAUUUCCUCUCUCCAUGUUAUGGUAUUUGGUAUCAACACAUUGGUCACAAUAUCUUCUGAUUGAAAACAUCCACUUUGCUCAUUUUCCUUAUGUCUUUACUUUUGUUCAUUAGUGCCUCGUGUCCAUACAAUAGACAGACGGAGCUGAACCGAACUGAUUUUUGUUAUAUAUAUAAUUGGCUCAAUACACUUGGUAGCAAGUAGAAGUAUACCUUGAAGAAGAAGUACUGUAUACCAUAAUGCACGGCUGUUGACAACUCCCUGUAAUUAGUUAAAGCAAGAAUAACAUCAUUACGCUGAUGUGUUGCAAUGUUACAUUGUAGACGAUGUUCAACGGCAUUAACGUGUCAAGUAGGUUGUCGACGUACCGGAAAUUUCGUCACCCUUGAUGCUGCAACAGAAAUUAUGUUCUUGGUAUCUUUUGAUCUCGACAUGCUAUGGUGAUGAUUUUUGGUGGUAGCUGCAGUGACCUUUUUGUAAGAAUAUCUCAAGGUGGAUAACUAAACAAAGAAACAACGUUAACGAAUUCCCAUGAUAUUCAGUGUGUAGGUAGUUUAGACAGAGAUCUGUAUCUAUAUAGCCGGUAUAACCGCCCUUCGGCGUAACACACCAGCUUCGCAGGCAAGCGGCGCGGCAGAAGUACACAAUGACAUACAAAUUCUACAAAUUAGGACUUUAUUUGGAAAACUGGCAAUUUUAGUGUUUUCUACAGUAAGACUUUAAUACACAAAAUGUAUAUAAUCUAUGGAAGAUGAAACUUAAACAGAUACUGACUAUGCAAAUGAGAGACUAAUUUGCAUAUUUAAAAUUAAGUGAUCCAUAAUUCCUUGGUUGAAAAUGAUGGGAAUUACCCACUUGUGACAUGUGUAAAUUACUUGAAGGUGUACAUCACUAUGUAUAGAUUAUGUAAAUGUCAAAUUCAUUUUCAUAAUUCAUGAUCAAAUGUAAACAUGGAAUUCCGGAAAAUAAAAGGGCUUUUACACAUACAA